GAUGUGCUAAGAUUUCAAAUUGCUUAAUAUUUUUCCUUCAGAAUAAUAUUUAUAAUUUAAAUUAAAUGUAUAUUUAAAUCAGUUCAAAACAGAAACCCAUCUAAAUUAUUAUUUCUUUAGAAAAUGAAGCAAAAGACUUGCCAAUUGCUAAGGAAGAAAUUAUUAACAUUGUGGCUUCAAAAGACAACAAAGAUGAAUUUUCUAUGUCUGAAGAAAAAUAUCGAAAGCGAUCCCUAAAGUUGUUAAUAGAAAUUAGAGAUGGGAUUAACCGAUUAUUAAACACACCGAGUAUCAGUGGAGCUAUCAAUAUAAUUAAAGUUAAUGACAUUUCAGAACUAUAUGCUGCAAAUGAUGAAUUGAAAGAUGCAGCAGUAAUGAGAAAUGCUAUAGAAAUGUUAAAAUGUGUAGGAGGAAAUGAUUGUGGCGAAAUGGUGCGCAAUAUUUUAGACGGGUUGUUUAGCAUUUCUGUAAUAUCGAAAGUGAACAUGAAAGGGUCAUCUAGACAGGGAGAAGCAAAGAUAGCAUUUAAGAAUUUAAAAUUCUUUAGUUUGAUUCAAGAGGUAGUCACCAGGUAAUACAGUCACGUUUCAACAAAAGAACUUACAGCAGCUAUAGGAAAUAAGCUAAAGAAUUCUCCUGGACAACUAAAACGCGAUCAAGCAUCAAGUUGAAA